GAUGGUAUGUCUGUGCAAAUUCAUCCUUGUUUGCAACUUCUGACCUGUUUCACCAACAUAAGAUCCUUUGCUGCAUUUUCUGCACUGGAUAAGGUACACAACAUUACUGGAGGUCAGCCAUAAAUAAAUUGGCAUAUUGGGGUGCCAUUUUACUUCCCAUCGCAGUACCCAUACAUUGAAGAUAGAUGUCUUAUAUUUCCGGAUCAUACAGCUGCACCUGUAGUAAUGUUGUGUACCUUAUCCAGUGCAGAAAAUGCAGCAAAGGAUCUUAUGUUGGCGAAACAGGUCAGCGUUGCAAACAAGGAUGAAUUUGCACAGACAUACCAUCAAGGAACAUAAAGAAGAUGACUUCUGCACACCUGUGGGACACCAUUUUGCACAACCAGACCACACAAUGGGAGACCUCAAUAUUUUAGUUCUUAAAGGAAAUUUCAAAUCCUUUCAGGAAAGAAAAACUUUU